AUGAAGUUUGAACAAGCUUUGAUUUCGCGCCUCGCAAAACACAAACCGCUCGAUCGAGUCGGCGCUUCCGUUGCUACGUCGCCCGCGUUCGCAUUAGCCGCCAAAUGGUCCCACAAGAAGAAAGUUUUCAAGGAAAGAAUCGACUCGUACCCACCUCUCUCGUCAAACGUGUUUGCCCAGAUCGCGGGAUCCGCUAAUCGUGCCAUCAUCCCGUCGCGCCUGGUGGUGCCACGUGAUUUCUUCAUCAAGAUGGUGUGCGCAGAAAACGAAUUUGCCGACUCCAAGUUCCAGCAGGUGCUUGUUCCUGACCUCAGACCCGUUGCAAAAACCACAGACCAUGUGGUGUAUUUGCCAAACGAUAUCAAAUUCUAUAGCGAUUUCCUGCUCAGCGAGAAAAACAAGGAUUUCCAGUUCACCCCGCCAUUCAUGGUGGCUUUGGAAAAGGGGUUCACCCCCAUUGGGUUCCUGGCCCAGAAUCUCAAGGUGAUUUCUCAAAUAACGCUAGAAAAACUUCAAUUGCAGCUCGACCAGCUCCCAAAAGACCUCGCAGUGCGCAACAACGCCAGUUUUGUCACUCUGUCGUUCUCACGGGCCCCCGAAAUCGUCACCUUCUCGCCGCUCACGUUCCAUAUCAAUAUCCCAGAUAGCCAGAUGGAAAAAGCACUCCAGAAACUCCCAAAAAAAAUACCAAUAAACCCGCAGACAGUGCCGUUCUUGAAGACACUGUAUAAGACACUCAUCUACUACGAAAGAUCGGAUUAUCUCUUAUCUUAA